AUGGAGCGACGCAACCAAAGCAGCUCUACCAUCUCAUCCAACUUGCGUAAAGAUAUUGAUCUCACGAAUCAAUUAUCUGCCUUAGUUGAUGCUGCACGAAAUGAAGAACUCACGUCACACUUGCAGAUUCAUCCCACAACAGAACCUAGAGAAGUUUUGAGCCGUGUUUUAUCACUAACUCCCGUUGUUUCUACACCCUCUUCGUCCGCAUUUUUCAGCAACUCACAGCGGACAGCUUCUGUUGGGUUUCGCAGCAUUGGCUUCGGCCAAUGUGGGAUAGUCUUCGAGCGGCCAGGCCGUGCAUAUGUAGUGAAAAUCUCCCGUCCGUCAUUUGAAGAUGCCCUAUGGGCAGAUUUUCAAGCGCACUUGGCAGUGUACCAGUCCUUCACGAAUCAUCAGUCCGUUGAAGUACGGGUUCCAAAAAUCUUUUCAUAUGUGCCAAAGACAAACGAACAGUGGUGGCACGCGCACCUUGAUCUUUUUCAUGGUUCUCACCCCUCCUUCCCUCUCCCGGCAAUGGCGUUGAUAACAGAACGCAUACUUCCACUCCCAAAGCUGGCCCGACAAGCCCUGAUAGAAGCGUACUGCCCUGCGCCGUCGCAACUCGCUGUAACUUCCCAAGACACCAACCGAGAUUGUUUGGCCCGCAUCUAUCUUGGUCGUCGCCGGGGACCGAAUGACCCACCACCACGCAAUUUUACUCUGAGAAACUUUAAUCUGUGUCUCGAUCAAAUGAUCGAACUUAACCUGCCCAUUCAUUAUUAUGCCAAAGCCAUGGGCCAGGCUCUGGCAAUCAUUCAUUGGUCGGCAAAUGUGGAUGGUUACGAUAUUGAAUUUGUGCUAGGAAGUGAAGGGGAGGCGUCCUAUACUCAGGACAUUUGUCGUUCGACCGGUCUCAGCCCAGAACAACUUGCAAGGCUUCCCCCUCACACGGACCUUGAAAGAAUGAUACAGGUCAAUUCUCGACGUCGAACCACUCGUGUUUGGGUCCUCGAUUUCAAUUUAUGCAACAUAUGGGAGGAAAGAAUGGGGCUCGAAAGGCCGAAUGAUUUGAUUGCUCACCUUGUGGAAGCAUUUCUCGAAAACGACCCGUACUACCCUCGCCCAUCGCGACACUCUGAACCUGAAAAGUCUCUCUGGUCUACGUUUAGCUCCUCAUACAGCGACGCAGCGGCGAGUAUACUGGAAGUGCCAGGAAAGGAUCCCCGGCUCACUUUACUCCCGCAGAGGUUUUUAGAUGCCUGUGCGCUACGACAGUCGCAAAUUCCAGCUUAG